AUGUUUGCCCUCAUCUAUCUAUCUAUCUCUAUCUAUCUACAUCAGUCUAUCUUUAUAUUUCAUCUAAUUCUGUUCAUAUCUAUCUUUGCCUGUAUCAUCUAUCUAUCUAUCUAUCUAUCUAUCUAUCUAUCUAUCUAUCUAUCUAUCUAUCUCAGUCUGUUCAUAUCUAUCUAUUCGCUGUAUCUAUCUAUCUAUCUAUCUAUCUAUCUAUCUAUCUAUCUAUCUAUCUAUUCUGUAUCUAUCUAUCUAUCUAUCUAUCUAUCUCAUCUAUCUUCUAUCUAUCUAUCUAUCUCAGUCUGUUCAUAUCUAUCUAUUCGCUCUAUCUAUCUAUCUAUCUAUCUAUCUAUCUAUCUAUCUAUCUAUCUAUCUAUCUAUCUAUCUAUCUCCUUUUAUCUAUCUAUCUAUCUAUCUAUUUCUCCUUUUAAUAGCGGCAAUAGCGAAAAUAAAUGUUUUAAAUAUAUCGAUAAAACUACACAUGUGUUGAUGAUGAUAAUUUCAGUUUUUCUCUCUCGCUCACUGUUUAUAAAUCUAGCUAUGGAUACCGUUGCCUUUUUCUCUUUAUUUUUUCUUCUUAAAUCUCCCGCUCAGCAUCAUCUAUCUAUCUAUUGCUUUCUUCCUAUCUAUCUAUCUAUCUAUCUAUCUAUCUAUCUAUCUAUCUAUCUAUCUAUCUAUCUCUGCAAUAGCUAA